UGGGGUUUGAUAGGGGGGCGUUCGUGUUUUUCAUGAAAUGCAUGACUGUAUAUACUGGAGACAUAAUGUUUAUUCAUUGGAAGACAGGCUUAGCAAUGUAACAGCGAAAUCUCGGUAUCAUAAAUCCUUGUGCUUUGGCAAACUAUAGACACACACAGUCUGAUGAUCUAGCGGAACGGCAUCAGCAUUCGCUUCCAAAGAGUCUAUUGUGUUAGAAGUUAUGAUUCUGAUUUUGAUGCUUCUUGUUUGAAGACGUCAAUAACGACUGAAACGAGUUUGACAUCAGGCUUGAGAUACACUAAACCAAACCAAACCACAGCUUUUUGGGGGAAAGACAAUUAAUCGCGGCUAAAGAAAGCGGAGGGACAAGACUGAUUUUUAGAAUGGAUCAACAAGGAGUUCAAACAAAUGAUGUAGAUAUGGAAUCCUGUUCAGCCAGCUCAGACGGCCUGCCACAGCCCACGGAGAGGGUGGAUACUUGUCUGCAAGCGCUGGAGAGGGCCAGCUCCGACACGGAGGUCUUCGCUGCUCUGCUGCUGGUGGCAAAAAUUGUACAGGCAGAGAAUACAGACGCUGCAACCAGAAAGCGAAUCUUCGAUGCCGUGGGAUUUAGGUUUAUCAACAGGCUACUCAAAGCAGCUGCAAAACCAGAUAAAAAGGAGAGUAGCACGUACCGCAGCCUGGCCGUGACGCUGCUUGGCUGCUUCAGUACAUCACCAGAGUUAGUCAGUCAUCCCCAGAUGGUCAACAAAGUACCAGUUUUGAUUGAAGUGAUUCAGGAAGCUAGGACAUCGGUUGAGGACAACGAGAAACAGACAAUCGACGAUGCCUAUCAGAUACUGGUUACCAUGGCGAUGGAGGAAUCUCCAAGGAAGGUUCUGUGCUCGCCGGAGGUCAUCUCUGCAUUGUGCGGGAUGAUGCAGGGCUCAUUCUAUGGUUGUGAUAGAGCUGAGCAAGUUUUGUUGUUAUUACUCCACCACUGCGGCCAGCAUGUCUGGAGACUCAAUAAGCCACACAUGGAUGCGUUACUCUACAAGCUGGCUAGCAAGUUCAAAGAAUGCCAGGAUGAGGCAAAGUUCCAAGUGUGUGAGACUCUGUCACGGCUGCUGUCUGCCUACCCUUCAGUCCCUAUGGAGCAGUCAGAAUGGAGCCCACUCGUAUUCCGAGGAGUCAGCGAUAUUCUCAUGAGCAAAGUUUCUGAGAAGCAACGAGACCCAGCCCUGUGCCUGGCGUCUCUCAUGGUCAGCCACUACGGCAUGAGCUGGGCUCUCGGACCCAAUCGCCUGGACAAGAAAUUCCUUCUCUUGCUCAUCCACCUGGCUUGCGUGGAAACUAGAAUGGCACUGGAAAGCCCUGACCACCAAUAUAGAACUUCCAAGGAGUCGGUCCUCGUCUCCUGCUUCAGUCUUUUGGAGCAGUGUAUCGAGUACCUGACAUGUGGUCCACCCUUAGCCCUGGAUGACAGACAGGUGGUUCAGCUCCACACGGCCAUGACAGGUGCAUUCGGUGCCGUCAUGUUCUAUCUGCAAGGAGCUCAGUAUCAAGAGUCCUGGCCUGAUCAGCCGUUAGUCGUAGCGGCCGUCAGAGUCCUAUGCGUGUGGUUGGCUGAAGAGACCACAGCGCUCAAGGAGCAGGUCUAUCAGCUCUUACCGUUCCUCAUCAAAGUUGUUGACAAAUCCUUCAAGGAGGUGACAAACUCUAGAAGCCAUGCCAACGCUGCGGCCGCCGCCUCUACCCCGCAGCAGAGCCUGAGGAGUUUUGCUUCCACGGACCUCCUGCGUCUUCUGUUGCCCGCGCUGUGUCACCUCACGGCCGAGGACGAGCCGAGAGCCAGGCUCGUGGAGGAAGGAGGGAUCGAGCUGCUUGGGGAAUGCUUCAGCUAUCACUGGAAGAGAUUCGUGGAUGGCGACGAGGAUGGAGAUUCAGAGAUUGCCUUGACAACGCUGUGCAGUGUCUUCCUGAACGUGACCUUACAGGAUGCAGAGGCUGUCCAGAGUCACUCCACAGUCUUCAAGGAGUUACUGUGUCUUCUGGCUGCUGCCUUAGCACACACAGUGACUAAUACAGAGCAUCUCAUUCUGUCGUUCAACUUUGCGGUUCUUGGGUUGACCCUCCUCAGAACGUUGGCACACCAUGCAGAUACUCAAAAUUUAUCGGCCAUCAAGAAAUUUGUGGGCCGAACGCUGGACCUGUUCAGGGCCUCCUUCCGGGUUGCCAGUGAUAAUGUACACGAAGUAUGUGAGGCAUACCAGCCAUAUUGGGCUGACGUGAAUGAACUGUGGCUUCUUGGCAUACAAGUGCUUUCAGAGUGUCUGAUGUGCAUACCCUGGCUUCCAUCCAUGUGUUUGCAGAGUGGCUAUCUCCAGCACAUCAUUGGGCUGCUCAAGAUUGUUGUUGCUGGAACGGUUGAGGAGGAGACUAUCAUUGUGUAUAGCGCCCUCUUGGGGUCAGUCGCAAAGACCGAAGUAGGAGCCCAGUUGAAGCAGAUGGGAGCCCUGGACAUUGCAAGGAAAUAUAAGAUGGAGGAGCUUUCCAUGAGCCUGCAGAUGGACUCGAGGUGAUUGAACGAACCCCAGCAAGAUAGCUACUGCUCUGGGUCGGGGUACCAGACGGGGCUUGGUCACCAUGGCAACAGAUGUCGGAACUUUCAGUCGUAAUAUUAGUAGCCAAUCCGUUGACAUGUGGACUCUUUAGUACGUUAGUAUGGAUAACCGUGGAGAUUACAUGAGUGUAUCUACAUCAGCAUGUGCUAUUUGCAACGUUGGAAAGCUCAGAGCGCAAGAGCAUGCCGUGUCGACACAUCUAUAUAGUGAGAAUCUUCUAUUGGGUUUGCGCACUACCCUUUGGUGGCAGCAUAAUCAACAUUCCAGCGAUGCAGUGGGCAGCUUCUUGUGAUUAUGUUGUGCGUGUGGAUCAUCUGUGGAUAUUUUAGACUGCCGUUGAAACCAUGCAAAGUCUGUAUAUGUAAAGAGUAGAAGAAAAAAACUUAUACAAGA